GUGGCGGUGGUGUUGGUUCUAGGAGCCGGAGCGUGCACGUUCCUCGGACAGGCGGCAGGGCUAUGGUCGCCGGCUUACGAAGGCCCGCUCCGUAUCUCAGCCCGAUCCUGAGCGCAAGCCUGAGCAUUCUCUUCAGCCAAGUCCCCCGGCGCGUUCGGCUGCUCCCCGGGCGCGCCCCCUCCGAUGGCGGCGGAGAUCCAGCCCCAGCCACUGACCCGCAAGCCGAUCCUGCUGCAGCGGGUCGAGGGGUCGCAGGAGGUGGUCAAUAUGGCGGUGAUUGUGCCUAAGGAAGAGGGUGUCAUCAGCGUCUCGGAGGACAGGACAGUUCGUGUUUGGUUAAAGAGGGACAGCGGACAGUACUGGCCAAGCAUUUACCAUGCAAUGCCUUCUCCAUGUUCAUGCAUGUCUUUUAACCCGGAAACGAGAAGACUGUCCAUAGGUCUAGACAAUGGUACAAUCUCAGAGUUUAUUUUAUCUGAAGAUUAUAACAAGAUGACACCUGUGAAAAACUAUCAAGCACAUCAGAGCAGAGUGACGAUGGUCCUGUUUGUUCUGGAACUGGAGUGGGUGCUGAGCACAGGACAGGACAAGCAGUUCGCCUGGCACUGCUCUGAGAGUGGGCAGCGCCUGGGAGGUUACCGCACCAGUGCUGUGGCCUCGGGUCUGCAAUUUGAUGUUGAAAGCCGUCAUGUUUUUAUUGGUGAUCACUCGGGCCAAGUAACCAUCCUCAAACUGGAACAAGAAAACUGCACGCUGCUCACGUCCUUUAGAGGGCACACAGGAGGGGUGACAGCACUCUGCUGGGACCCGGUCCAGCGCGUGCUAUUCUCAGGCAGUUCCGAUCACUCUGUCAUCAUGUGGGACAUCGGCGGGAGAAAAGGGACGGCCAUCGAGCUCCAAGGACACAAUGACAAAGUCCAGGCCCUCUCCUAUGCGCAGCACACACGACAGCUCAUCUCCUGUGGUGGCGACGGUGGCAUUGUCGUCUGGAACAUGGAUGUGGAAAGGCAGGAGACCCCUGAGUGGUUGGACAGUGAUUCCUGCCAAAAGUGUGACCAGCCUUUCUUCUGGAACUUCAAGCAAAUGUGGGACAGUAAGAAAAUUGGGCUGAGACAGCACCACUGCCGGAAGUGUGGGAAGGCCGUGUGCGGCAAGUGCAGCUCCAAGCGCUCUUCCAUCCCCCUCAUGGGCUUUGAGUUUGAAGUGCGGGUCUGCGACAGCUGCCACGAGGCCAUCACAGAUGAAGAACGCGCACCCACAGCCACCUUCCAUGACAGCAAGCAUAACAUUGUACAUGUACAUUUUGAUGCAACCAGGGGAUGGCUACUGACUGCUGGAACUGACAAAGUGAUUAAGUUGUGGGACAUGACCCCAGUGGUGUCAUGACUCUCCCAGGGACUAGGAGAUGAUAGUUUUCACUGAAGAAGCACUUGAGUCCAACAUCUUUACAGGAGGAGUAAAGCAUCCGUGUGAGCAAGAAGAGAGACUGAAGGCUCACAGCGAAUGUGUAUCCUCCCUCCACUGCUACCGUGCACUAGUGAAAGUGCAUUCCCUCCUGGGACUCUCCAUUGUCCAUACCACAGAAAAGAAGAUAUUUUUUUAUCAAAUGGUUUAUACAGCCUGGCUGUGCUGCAUUGUUUUGAGUAUAUUGGAAAACUGUGUAGAUGUUGAAGCUUCUGUAUGUCAGCUGUCCGUUGUACUCAUUGCUUUCUGUGUCAGAAAAGAGAGAGAGAGAGAAAUAUCUGUUGAAGGGAUUGUGUCCUCGUAAGCAGUCUCCUUGUUUCCACCUCAGCAUGUCCAGUCGGUCCUCUCUUUCCGUGAUCUUCCUCCACUGGCCUCGCUUGCCUCUCACUUGUCACAGUGGACGAUCACAGUUUGUUCCAGUGUUUUUCUUUCAUGGCCUGGAGUAAGAGUUGGAGAACCAUGUAUGUCCGGUACUGGCCUCUUGAGUCACCUGUAGGGAAGGAGCAGUGGUUGUCGGAAGUCCCUGAGCUCUGUUUUGGCUUUCUCUGCCAUCCACAUUAAUUAGAAAUGCUGUAGAGGCCACUGCUGCCAUCAGCCGGGACACAGGUCCUGUAACGAGCCUCCCCCGCGUGCCUGCAUCUCUCAGAGCUCAGUGAGAACCUUCUGAGCCUGCUGAGCUUUGGACUAUGGAGAUUUGUCUUGUUUUUAAUUUUUUUGUAACUUUCCUUCAUUCACAACAUGAGAGAAAAACAGAACUGUCUGUGCUCCAGAAGGACGUGUCCUGACGUGCGUCUUUCUACCUGGCAUUGCCUGUAUAUGACAUUAGAAGCCUGUUCUCUUCACCAUUCAUAAUUUAGUUUCUCUUCGAGAAACCAGGUAUUUAAGCAUCUCUAUGUUAAUGUGUACUUCUAUAAGGCCAGCAUGUGAUCUAAACAGAGGUACUAAGAGAGGAUCAGAAUCCCCCAAAGGGAAUCCGUCCAGCUUGAUAAGGUACAGUAAGGUCUCACUUUGGGCUAUCAAGAUAGGAUUAAAAGGAGUAGCAAGCCUGUGCUGGGAAGCUGGCCGGCCUCUCCAAGCCCCCAGUCAGGAAUGUCACGGCAUUGCCAGGUCAGAGGCUUUCUGGGGAAGCAGGCUGAUUGUUCGCCUGCCCUCUCCACGCCAGCCACACAGUGUCUUGUUCACUUCUGACCUGACACGUUGCCUGGCACUAAGUACUUGAAGGAGACACAGUUCUCCUGUUACUUUUGUUCUGUUCCUACAGAAGCAGUUCCUUCCAUGUCAUUAUUGCUUCUCUUUGUAGCGGAAGUAAUAGUCGCUAUACUUGGAUACCAACCACCCCUAGUACUGGCGACCCAGAGUGCCUCACACAGAAACACCCCUGGAGGCCAGUGACUGAUGUGAGCGCAGAACUCUGCCCAGGAAGCCAUCACCACUGUGAUUUAAUGGCCUGGCCCAGGAAAUGCCACCUAACUUCAGUCAGGCCACUUUAACUGCUAGGAAUUUUUUCUGCAUGGUCGCUCCAUCACAGAGCUUUGAAGAUGAAAUUAGAGCUAAAAGAUUCAAAUAUCAAUGGUGUGGUUGAUUGCUAGAGUCUACAGCCACUUGGCAAGUUGUAGAGAACGGUGUGUGGCAAAUCACUCUAAAGUAAGUCUGUCUGAACUGGACCAUGACUGCACAAGGGAAGGAAAUACAGUAUUAAGGAAGGGGAGGCUCUGUCUCCCAGCAAGCCUGUGUGGAGUCCCAGUCCUGCAUUCAGACCUUCAAUAGAACGUCUUAACACUGUCAGGUGGCCCUACACACCAUUCUGGUCUCAUCCCAGCUACGGACCAUCCCCAAGAGUACCCAGAGAUGGAUAGUUGACAGUGAUGAAAAUCAUGGGUGUAUACCACAGAUUGGCCAAGGAUUCCGUGACUCCGCCCUUUCCUCUCUCCUUACCCAAGUGGCUGUUGAUGGAAAAGAAUGUAUCAGAAAGCCAUAUACGCAUGUGAUACUGUGAAUUCCUCUACUUGCCCGGUGUCUCCAUUAACGCAUAGAGAAAUGCAUGCUGGUGCUGACAGGUGUCCAGGCAUAGACCUCGUCCAUCAGUGCGUGGCUCAUUUCUCUCCUGGGUAAAAAAUGGCAAAUCUGUCAUCCCCUUGGGUUUACGCUUGACUUUUCUUGCUGUACUGUGGAAACCACAACUCCAGUACCAGUAGUGAGGACAGCCGUGCUGGGAAGUGGGGAGAGCCGCACAGGAGAUGUUCUUCCCAGUUGGUGGGAAGAACAUCUCUCAAUCUUAGUUUUCCAAAGGAAGGUAAUUAGUGAGCCACCUGGGCGUCUCCACCUUAGCAAAAAUGGUUUUAGAAUAAGUACUUGGAAUUUUGUAUCAUUUUAUAAAAGGUCAGCCAGCAUAAUGUGUUUCUCGUUUAGUUGUUUGAAUUAUUCAUGAAAUUACAAAAAUUACAAAGUUGGGAGGAAACUUGAGGUCUCAAAAGUUGCAGGUUAGUCAGACCAGGCAGUUGGCAGAGAUGAAGUGUAAACAAGAGAAUCUCAAAGAACAUUCAAAGAAUAACGGCAUUUGCUAUACCAGUGGCAUCGUGAGUAGGCGAAGGGCAGGAAGUCUCUGGACUUGGGUAUGAUACUGUUUUGAGCAAAUUUGACAUAACUUUUGGUGCCUGCCUGUGGUUGUGAGUGGGAACAUGUCCCAUCAGAAGGCCGUGGUGCCACUGAUCUGUGUGUUGGCCCCUCCCACAUUAGUCCCUACCGACCGCCCUGCUGGCUAAGGGCUGCUCCUACAGCAUCCGUCUUUGUGAUGAGAGGCAUCGCCUUAACAGAAUCUCAGAGUUAUAUUUUAAAAGCAUACUAUAUUUUUGUUUAACAUCCUUAAAAGACUUGAAUUUGAGCUUUAAAGCAGGAGUAGCUCUGUACCAUGUGUCACUGCAAUGCACGGAUAUGCACUAAUGAAGGGCUUUUGGCUUUGUCUUUUCAUACUGUUUAAAUACAUAUAUAUUUGUAUAUAAGUGAGCUUGUUCACCAAGAUCUAUAUUUUAAAGCAAAAGAAAAGCAUUUUCCAAAGUGCUCUUAUUUUUCUUUCCCUUAAAAUAAUGUUGGGUUGAGGUGUGUCCUCAGCAUCCCAUGAAAUGACCCUGAUGUUAAUCAGUUUGCUGCUUUGUCAGGCUGUAAGGUCCGACCAGGGAAGCCUGUGUGCUCCUGGAAGCUACAGUUCAUCUUGACAGCCAAGAACUACACACCAACCCUCAGGGGUUUAGGUCUGCAUUUUCUCCUUUUAACGUUGUGUUCCCACCAAAAGCCUCAAGGCUAGUACGGGCCUGGGGCCCUCCCUUGUACUUCCCAUGCCAAGGCCUGUUGACAAAGAUUUUGAAAAGAUGGUCAGAUCUCGGUGUGAGACAUGGAUUCAACCACAGUGCUUACAGUCCCCUCUAGACCUGUGAGUGGAGUGCGGUUCUGUGACGGUGUUUAUUACAGGACUAACGCACAUUGACCACUGAUCAUAGAACUGACCUCACUUAGGCAGAUGAGAGACACUGUACUGGCAGAUCAGACAAGUUACUCUCUGGUCUUUUCCAUCGAGGGCUCUGUCUUAGUCAGGGUUUUACUGCUGUGCACAGACAUCAUGACCGAGGCAACUCUGAUAAGGACAACACUUAAUUGGGGCUGACUUACCGGUUUAGAGGCUCAGCCCGUUAUCAUCAAGGUGGGAGCAAGGCAGCAUCCAGGCAGUCAUGGUGCAGGAGGAGCUUUAUGUCUGCAUCUGAAGGCUGCCAGCAGAAUAAGGAUCAGGGUCUUAAAGCUCACACCCAUGGUGACACACCUACUCCAACAGGGUCACACAUUCUAAUAGUGCCACGCCCUGAGCCAAGUAUACGAAAGCCAUCACGGGCUCAGUGGGUGUGGUUUUAGAAAGAUGAUGAAAUUGUUGGAACCAUCUAAUUUAAAAGAUACCUCAAAGUAUUCACCUUCAGGGGUUGAGACUAUCUGACCGGGGCGACAAUGUUGAGGAAACUUAAAUUGGUUCAAAGGGUAGAUUUCAAAUCUUAUUUAAAAAUACAGCUUUUUUUUCCCCCCUCUUGGUUCUUUGGAAUACAUGAGAGGGUCUUUUUUAGGGACAGCAGUUUAAGUGCGUUGUUCCUGUAUAGGUCUUGUCAUUUGGAUGGGUCCAGCCUUCCGUUCAUAGCAUGUCAUUGUGAAGUAUGAACCAAACCACUUACAAUUACCGUCGGUCUGCGUGUGCUUCUGUCUCAUGCCGUUUGUCUUGUCUUGCAUUUUAAAUGGCUUUCCCAAGGUAUUGUCAUUUGGAAAAGAGAAAAAUCUCACACAACAAGUGUAAAAACUGUUCCUAACUGGACAGCAGGGAAGGUGUUAGCCCCACAGUGGUGCCUGCCCAUUGCUGAACUGUAACCAGGUACUUUGCACAGCCGCCACCCAGGGCCCACAUCUGGAUGUGGCUGCCACAGGCUUGUUACUGUAUGGGUGUCUUUUUCCAGAAAAAUCAAGAAUUAGACUAGGCAGGGACUCAGCUAAGUGUUGUAAGCCUGAAGCUAGAAGCCAGAAUGGGUCUCUCCUGUGGUAGUUCUAGCCACACCCUCUGCAGCUGCUGUGCCCUCUGCCACUGGACUCCACCAACCGGGCCCACCUCUCAUGACUCUAGCCUUCUACAUGUGCUGAGGCGGUCCGGAGUGAGGAUGUUCUGGGACAUUAAGAUGACUGACUCUCCUGUGCCGCUGCUGCAUAGCCAUGAAUGUUUCUCUCUCCUGUCUUCCCAUGUACUGCCCUCCAGCCUUUCAUGUGUGUGUAGCCAUUCCAGUGUACGGCUCUCUGAGCAGUGGCCUCUGUGGCUUAAAAUAAAUGGCCGAACACUUGCCUACCA